ACCAAAAAUAACACAAAGCCUCAUCUACUUUCAGUCCCGCCAAACGCCUGCUGCACCACCAUCGACUGCCGUGUUCCUCCUCUUCCCCUACUCACUCACCUCUCUUCAUUUCGAUAAUCCUAAUAUUGAAUUUUACUUCAUUUUCGGACCCAGCAUGGCGGCUUUUACUUUCACAGCGUCUUCUUUAUUCGGUUCCAGAAUUACCGAGCCAUUAACCUUAAUCUCCUCGAAAUCGCCAUCCAUGUUGAACUUCGAAAGAACUCCAGUCAUUAAAAUCUCAUGUGAUUACUCUUGCUUGGAAGUUAAGGAUGUUCAUUAUCGACCUCCAGGGACUCAGAUUAACCUUUUGAAUGGAGUUAGCUUUUCACUUCCGGAGAAAAGCUUUGGCUUAAUUUUUGGACAGAGUGGAAGUGGAAAAACUACGCUCUUGCAGCUACUUGCAGGAUUGAGCAAACCAACGUCAGGCUCUAUUUUUAUUCAGAGUUAUACAGAUGAUGGCAAACCAACUCAAUCUCCGAAAUCAUUAGUUCCAGAAAGAGUUGGUAUUGUGUUCCAGUUUCCGGAGAGGUAUUUUGUAGCGGACAAUGUGCUUGACGAAGUUACAUUUGGCUGGCCAAGGCAAAGGGGUGGACCUCAAUUGAAGGAGCAUCUGGCAUUAAAUCUCCAAAGAGCAUUUAAUUGGGUUGGAUUGAAUGGUUUCUCCUUGGAUAAAGAUCCUCACUCAUUAAGUGGUGGUUACAAACGACGGCUUGCUCUUGCAAUUCAAUUAGCACAAGUCCCUGACUUAUUAAUAUUGGAUGAGCCUCUCGCUGGUCUUGAUUGGAAGGCACGUGCAGAUGUUGUUAAACUUUUGAAGCAUCUGAAGAAAGAAUUAACCAUACUUGUUGUCAGUCAUGAUCUCAAAGAGCUAGAAGAGUUAGUUGAUCGAUCUUGGAGGAUGGAAAUGGGUGGAUUUCUGAGGGAAGAGCAUCUAGUGGUUUAGUUUAGAAUAUUGCUCAGGUUAUGGACAUUUCUCACUUUGAGGUUUUAUAGUCCUCUCUUUCUUCAAGUUUUCAGACUAAAUUCAGGUAUUUCUGUAGCUCAAUGAUGGAUUUCUUUGGGGUGCAUUGCUUGUGGAUCAGAUUAUCUCAAGAAAGAAUUUGGAUGAGACAUAAAAAUAAUCAUAAACAUUUCUUCAGAAGACUAGAGAAACCAAGUGAACAACUUUAUUAUGACACCCAGAAGGAUAAGAUAGAUUUCUCCUAAUAGGCUUCUUCUAUGGAGUUCAUCAACACUAAAUACAUUACAAUGGAGUUGAUAUUGUGAAGACACAAGAUUGACAUUCUUAUUGUGAAGGAUGAAAGCUAUUAGUAAGCAUUUGUUGUCCUUUCUUCUCUACAGCUCCAACACCAAGUCUACAAUGGCAGCAGCAGAAGAUGGGAAGACAUAUGUUAGAAAAAAUUAAUCACUCAACUACUUUAUUGCAAAUCUCAAUACGGUCUAUAUUGCUACUGUCUUUGUGUUAACAUCACAAUAAUGUAUUGGUUAGCAAUAUAUUUCUGGUUAUGCCAAAAAUAUUGCCUAUUCAUAGGUUAACUAUGAACAUCAAUUGUGGUGGUGUAUCAAAUACUUCUUGAAUUAUAUUUAUGUACUUUUUCAAGAAAAAUAUUUGUCCAGUACAACGUUCUGAUGGUAUGCAUUUGACCGUUUUCCCUUC